AUGUCGAUACCUGAAAAUACUUGUAUUUCAAUUCCGGUUCGUCUCGAAAAUUUGUGGGAAAUUUUCAGAAAAGAUCCAUUUUCUGAUCAAUCGAUUGAUUUCGCUCGACUAGUUGCAGCAUAUUACCUUGGCUUUCCAUUACUUACACCAAGAAAUCCAGGCUCACUUCCUUCGCUUUAUGAAUGGCCAAAAUUAUCGUCAGAAAUAAAUUUGGAAGAAGCUAUCUUGCUAAAGCGAAUUGACAUUGCAAAAACAAUAUCGACUAUAUGUGACGAACGCACACCACCGAUGCUUUUAUGGACUUGUGGUCAUCGCAUUGAGGCUAUCUAUUAUUGCGAUCAAUUUCGUGACCUUAAAUCACAAGCAAUGCUACGCUUCUUGGAGGAACAAUUAUCAGGGCUUAAGCUUUUGCAAAUGUUUUGUGAAGGACGUAUUGAAAUGGCUUUCAAUGAACUUGAUAGCUUAGGCGAGAUAAAAGAAUACGGAAGCAUCCAAAAUAUGCUAUUUUCAUGGGGUAAAUUAGCCGAUUCAUUGCUUCAAAUGGAUGCUAUCGCGGAGACACGGGGAGUAAAUUUACUACUCGAUCGAAUAUUGGUCAAAAUGUGUAAUAUACAUGAGAUGAUGCCUUUAUUUGUGAAUGCUGACAUAUCGCUACCGCGGCCACCUGUUUAUAUGUGCACAACUUUUGUUGGUUUCGAUGAGGAGCAAUAUUGCUAUGUUCGUUUAUGGAUUCUUAUCCAAGCUUAUAUACGACUAUUAUCCGAUGCUAAUGUGUUACACAUUUGUAUCGAACAUUUUUGUUGGAAUUUCUUGCAAAUAAACGGCGAUUGUGAAAAUCAAAUGAAAAAAGCAAUUAUAAAGUAUUACAAAUUGUUGAAUGAAGAAGAAAAAGAAGACAAAGAUGAUGAUGAUUUAUUAAUGAGUUGGAUGAGGGAAGCUGAUCAAAGUGAUUUCGAACAGUUGAACCACUUGUUCGAUUAUUUAUCGACAUUUCGUUCACCAUUUGCGCAUAUGAGUGAAUUUUGUCCCGAAAAUAUUAUUUGUUGGCGGAAUCAUUUGCUUAAAGAAGUGAUACUUCAAGAAGGUGUAAGCCGAACUGAAAUGCAUCAAGAUCUGCAAAUAAAUGCAAUUAGAGAAAAGGUACCAGAUGGUGUAUUGAUAAGGGCUGAAUAUAUAGCACGUUGUUGGUCGUAUCCGACGUAUGUGGCUGACGAAGGGUUGUUAGCAAUGAAUCUGAAGCUAUGUCCCACCGAAUUUGUUCAGGGUACUAUCCCAAGCAUUGCUAUUUCAUCAUUGAAACGAUUGCCAAGAAUCGAAUUUGCACCAAGGGUAUGCCAUCAUUCGUCGCUUGAUAUUCGACCUUACACUCAACUUCCUGCUACAAUCACGUCACGUUCUUUUCCAACAGUUACACGUCAUUUAAAAUCCAAGGAAACAUCAGGCAAUGACAGAAAGGAUUCUUGGAGGAAACUUGAUAGUGCAAUGGAGAAAGUGAACGUUAUGAUCGAUGAAGUUGAGCAAGAGCUCCGAAGUACCUCAUCAUAUGUUAAGGCUUUACUGAAUAGUAAGCCAAGGGUAUCCGCUGAAAAUACAACAAACAAACGUAAAAGUGACCAGAUGUCAUCCCCCAACAUCAGCAGUCUGUCAAGCCAGAAGUCCGAAACAUCGUUCGUUAUUGAACAGUGCAAAUUCAUCAAUGAUGAUCGUUACUCACUUGAUUCAAAUCGUGAACCAGAAUGCCAUUCAGAAAUAGAAAAGCUAAAUUUCGAUUUGCUGUCACCUCAGCCUACUGUUCGUAAUAUUGCUGUGGUCAGUACCAUGCCAGUAUCACUCCCAAACACUUCAUUACCAUCUCCAGUUAUGUCGGAUUCGCUAUAUUCGGUCACCACCCCAUCACCUUUACCAGUAUGGUUAAAACUGCUACCGGUUAAACAAAAAAUUUUCUUCUGUCGCUUACCCCAAUGA